AUGGAUACCAAUGAUGUAAAAGAAGCUCUCGUUAGAUCUACGUGGCCUAGCCUUAAAGACGACAAGACCGGCGCUAGAGAUGUGAACGAUAAGAGCUUUAAAGACGAUAAAGUUGGCGCUAAUGCCGACUUUGGCUUCAAUGAUCACAAUAGCGCUGUUGUUGACUUAGGCUCCGAGAACAGUAGCAGUAGCUCUAAUAACGAUGUUAGUAUAAGCAAUGUUAAAACAGAACUCAGACAAUUCGACGCGCUCUACUACGAAGAUGUCCGCCUUUUAGUUGUGCAGAACCCUGUAACGGGAAAGCGGGAUGUGCUUGCGAUAGAGGUCAAGCUUGCCUACUAUAAGGGAGCCAAGAGACGCCUAAAGCUCACGAUAUUUUUCUUCACUAAAGUAAACGACCUAAUCUUCUGUCUGAUCACUUACCUUGUCUCUUUGGCUAUCACAGAUAGCGCCUUUAAGGCACUAAGCCUGACUACAGUCAAGCAGGUCUUUAAGCACAAGGUGUGA